AUGGAAUUUUACAAUGAAUCUCCAACCACUGCUAAUAGUAGUAGCAGGAGAAAUAAUAGCGAACAACUAAGGCAGGAUGCAGUUCAAGAUAUAAAUCUGAUGAUAGAACAAAUGACAAACAGAUCUAAACAGAAAUCUGGUAAUAAUAAUGCAUCCACUACACAGCCACCAGCACACACACAAAUGCAAGCACAACUUUUCGGAGAUAUAACAACUAAUCGUCAUAUUCUUACAGAUGAUAUGGAAGAAUCUAUAUUGAAUCAAUUAUUAAACUCAGGGGAUCCGAAUAAUGAUAUAAGGAGCCCUACAAUGAAUAGUAAUAUUACACCUGCUUCGGAUUCAACUUCUGCCAUUGGUAUGGAUAGAUAUCUUCCGACGGAUUCAAAUAUGACUUCCGAUGCAUCUCCACAGUUAGUUCAAACGCCGACUUUGCUUAUCAAUGAUAUCGAUGAUCUUUUAAAUCAAGAAGGUACCGCUUUAAGUGGUUCAGCCACGACACCGAUGACCCAAUCACCGGGAUAUAUGAAUGAUAUAAAUAUAAGAGAAAAUAGUAGUAGUAGUAAUACUCAACAAUUCUUAACACCAAAUCCUGGAAAGAGAACAUUUUUAGGUUCCACUACAAAUAACGAUAGUGAUCUUAACGAUACAAGCUCAGCAAUUUCAUCACAAAAUUCACCUUAUUUAGCACCCCAGGAUACGUAUUUGAAUGCAAACAAUCUAAUGCCUGUAUCCCCUGGUCCAAUAUCAUCGCCAUCAUUCACUAAUGAUUCUGGACAAUUAGGUAGUAACAACAACAACAACAACAAUGACGAUUUGUUAAGUGUUUAUUCCAAUAACAGUGCUUAUUCAAACAGUAGUUUUAACUCGAAUAUCUUAUUACCUGUCAAUUCUCAUGGUUAUAAACAUAUUAGUAACAUCGAUGAUAUAGAUAUCUUGUUAAAGGAUUUAAAACAAGAAGAGAUACCGUUUGAUAAUACUAAUGACCAAGGGAUUUUGAAUACUAAUUUAAAUGAUGAAAUUAAUAUGAAUAGUAUGAUAAAUACAUCAGUGGCACCAAUUAUAUCGGUUAGUGAAUUUGAACAAUCUUUAGAUGUCGAAGUUAGUAAUAUGUCUCCACAAAUUAAGAUAGAAUUAGAUAACAAUAAUUUUAAUUUUAAUGAUCAAUUCAAUAAUGGUAAUAUGAAUGCCAAGGUUGAAGAAUUCCCAUUUGGAAUAAAAUCAUCCCCAUCUCCUACAGAUCUAGCUAAUGGUGCUCCAAACUCGAAUUUCUUAUUACAUCCAUCCAAUAACAAUGCAGAUGUAAAUAUGGAAAGACAUAACGAGAUGGUCCAAGGUCGUAAAGAGAGACGUAAAAGUCGUGGCAGAAGAAGUAGUACUACAGUUCCUUUGAAGAAUCGAGAUACAAGUAGAAGUCACAGUAGGAGUAGAAGUGCCAGUAAACAGAGAGGUCGUAGUGGUCCUGAUGAAAGUUCCAUAUAUAGAUCUUCUUCAAUUUCAUCAAGGAGUACGAAACCUGUAAGUUUUGAUGAAAAGGCAAGAUCCAUUAGUCAGAAUAGAGAAAAAUUAUUGGAGAUGGCAGAUAUGAAAGUUGAAGAUGAUGAGUCCUUUUCACAAUCAUUCCCUGACAAAUCUGAUAAUAGUUUAGAUUUUGGGGCAACAUUUUCCCCUAAUGUAAAUUCCGCUACCGAUGAUAUCGAUCCAGAGACUGGAAUACCGAACAAAAUAUCAAGAUCAGGGUCUCAAAAGAACGCUGCUACUUAUGCAUGUGAACUAUGUGAUAAGAAGUUUACGAGACCUUAUAAUUUGAAAUCUCAUUUACGUACACAUACCAACGAAAGACCAUUCAUUUGUACAGUUUGUGGUAAAGCGUUUGCUAGACAACACGAUAGAAAGAGGCAUGAGGAUUUACAUUCAGGUAAGAAACGGUAUGUAUGUGGUGGUAAGUUGAAGGAUGGUACACCUUGGGGUUGCGGUAAGAAAUUCGCUAGAAGCGAUGCCCUGGGGAGACAUUUCAAGACAGAUUGUGGUAAACGAUGUAUAGCACCAUUAUACCAAGAGGCUGCUAGCGAGAAGAUGCUGGAGUAA